AUGGCCGACAAGUACAUCCCCGAGCACCGUCGCACGACGUUCAAGGCGAAGAGCGCCUUCAAGCCAGACGAACUCCGCCGCCGCCGUGAAGAGCAACAGGUCGAGAUCCGCCGGGCGAAGCGUGAGGAGAACCUCGCAAAGCGCCGCGGUAUCGCUGGACGGGACCAGCCGGGCGCCUCGCUCGGCGCUGCCCCCGACAGCGACGAUGAGGGCGGCAACAUCGAGAGCCAGCUCAACGAGGAGCUCCCCCAGAUGGUCAAGGGCGUCUUCUCGGAACAGAUCGACGAGCAGAUCCAGGCGACAACCAAGUUCCGCAAGCUGCUGUCCAAGGAGCGCAACCCCCCGAUCGAGCGCGUUAUCGAGACUGGCGUCGUGAGCCGCUUCGUCGAGUUCCUGCGCUCCCCGCACACGCUGGUGCAGUUCGAGGCCGCCUGGGCCCUCACCAACAUCGCGUCGGGCUCGGCGCAACAGACACAGGUCGUCAUCGAGGCGGGCGCCGUGCCCAUCUUCGUCGAGCUGCUCAGCAGCCACGAGCCAGACGUGCGGGAGCAGGCCGUCUGGGCCCUGGGCAACAUCGCCGGUGACAGCCCCGCCUGCCGCGACUUUGUCCUGCAGGCCGGUGCUCUCCGCCCGCUGCUGGCCCUGCUGGGCGACAGCCGCAAGCUCAGCAUGCUGCGCAAUGCCACCUGGACCCUGAGCAACUUCUGCCGCGGCAAGACCCCUCAGCCCGACUGGCAAACUAUCCAGCCUGCCCUGCCCGUGCUCGCCAAGCUCGUAUACUCGCUCGACGACGAGGUCCUCAUCGAUGCCUGCUGGGCCAUCUCGUACCUCUCCGAUGGCUCCAACGACAAGAUCCAGGCCGUCAUCGAGGCCGGCAUCCCCCGCCGCCUCGUGGAGCUGCUCAUGCACGCCUCGACCUCCGUCCAGACCCCCGCCCUGCGCUCCGUCGGCAACAUCGUGACUGGCGACGACGUCCAGACCCAGGUCAUCAUCAACUGCGGCUCGCUCCCCGCGCUGCUGUCCCUCCUCAGCUCCACCAAGGACGGAAUCCGCAAGGAGGCGUGCUGGACCAUCUCCAACAUCACCGCCGGCAACUCGACCCAGAUCCAGGCCGUCAUCGAUGCUAACAUCAUCCCCCCUCUGAUCCACCUCCUCCAGAACGGCGACUUCAAGACGCGCAAGGAGGCCUGCUGGGCCAUCUCCAACGCCACCAGCGGUGGUCUGCAGAAGCCUGCUCAGAUCCGCUACCUCGUCCAGAGCGGCUGCAUUAAGCCCCUCUGCGAUCUCCUCGCCUGCCCCGACAACAAGAUCAUCCAGGUUGCCCUCGAUGGUCUUGAGAACAUUCUCAAGGUCGGCGAGAUGGACAAGGAGGCCAGCGAGGGUGGUGCUGGCGGCGAGCCCAUCAACCGCUACGCUCUCUUCAUCGAAGAGGUCGGCGGCAUGGAGAAGAUCCACGAGUGCCAGAACAACGCCAACGAGGAGAUCUACAUGAAGGCCUACAACAUCAUCGAGAAGUACUUCGCCGACGAGGAGGGUGAGGCGGAGAACAUGGGCGAGGCCGGACCCCAGGUCAACCAGGACGGUCAGUUCGGCUUCGGCGCCGCUGGUCAGCAGCAACAACAAAACUUCAACUUUGCCAACGGAGGUGACUCCAUGGACAUUAUGUGUAGGUUUAUGGUCUACAAAGGCAAGGACGAGAUCCUCCUCUCCGAGCUCAUUCUAAAUCCCUCACACUCUAUCCUCACGCAAUCCUUCGACUCGCGCCUCCGCCUAGACAGACGGCGCCCACACAACGGCGACGGUUUCGGCAUCGGCUACUACACCUGCCCAUCCCUCGGUCCCACGCCCUGCGUCUUCACCUCCACGAUCCCAGCAUGGAACUGCAUAAACCUCUCGCGCAUCGCGUCCAAAACCACGUCGAGCCUCAUCUUCGCCCACGUCCGCGCUACAACCGAGGGUAACCUCAGCGACAGCAACUGCCACCCCUUCAGCUAUAAAAGCCUCAUGUUCAUGCACAACGGCGGCAUUGGAUGCUGGAAACAGAUCAAGCGGAGACUGGCUAUGAGUCUGGACGAGAAGUGGUUCAACGUCGUAGGCGGGAGUACGGAUAGCGAGUGGGCGUUCGCUACCUUUCUCGAUUGUCUCGAUAAAGCUGGUAUUUCACCCGAUAAGGAUGUUGAGCCAAGUGUGGGCUUUGGACAUACGGUGCUGCGCAAAGCGAUACUGAAGACGAUUGAGCGGCUCAAUGGCUUCAUCAAAGACGUCGUGGGCGAACAAGGUGUCGGCGAGGAGGAUAGCAGGAGUUUGCUCAACUUCGCUGUGACGGAUGGUGUUAGCGUGGUUUGCUCGCGGUACGUGAGCAGUAAGACGGAUGAAGCGGCAAGCCUCUUCUUCAGCAGCGGAACGAGUUGGCGCGAACUCAACGCUCAGUCUCAGGACUCUGAUGCUGGUGUUUCUGUCGAUGAUGAGGGAAGGGAGAGGGAUUACGUUAUGGAACGUAGGGACAAGGGGAGUGAUAUUGUGCUUGUGGCUAGUGAGCCGUUGACGUUUGAGAGGGACAACUGGGUUACGGUUCCCACGAAUAGCACGCUUACCAUAUCGAAGCAGACAGUCAUGAUUCAUCCUAUCGUCGAUGAGUUUUACAGUCCUAACCCGGCGCACGAGCGGAGCGCGAACUUCGCGCAGGCGAAAGGGCAGACAGUCACGGGCAGUGAUAAGAGGGUCCUAGGUGCUGUCGGGGACGCGGCUUAG